AUAUUUGUCUACGGGACGUUAAUGGCCGCCCCUCUUCUGGCCUGGGCAAUAAAGGGCGACUCUUCGAAAGCGGGAGACGUCCUUUCUCAGCGUAAACCUGGGACAAUAACGGGUUUUGAAAGGCGCCGCGUCCAUCGCCGUGAUUAUCCUGCGCUCAUCCGUAGCAAUGACACCCGCACUGUUGAUGGAUAUGUAAUCUUUCCCACCAGCCCCUCGGAGUGGAAGAAAUUGGAUAAUUACGAGGGUAGUUCGUACGAACGAACUCCAGUUGUAGUGGAUAUGGCCGAUGGAAGCAAGUUGGAUGCAUCCACAUACGUGUGGAAGGGGGAAGCAGAGGCUUUAACAGAUGAGGAUUGGGUUUUUGAGUAUUUUGAGACCGAGAGGCUGGAC